CGAAAUCGAUAACAAUAAAUACCAAAGUGACAUUUGAAAUUGAAAUCCAGAAACUCUCCGAAUAUUAAUAAAACAUUUAAUAAAAUUGUGAAACAGGCAAUUUGACAUGAAUUAUCCUGUGGAAAUCGAUGGCUCCUACUUGGAAGGUGGCGGUCAGGCGCUUCGGAAUGCGAUUAGCCUGAGCGUUAUUCUGAAUCGUCCGGUGCGUGUGGUCAAGAUACGGGCCAAUCGUCCCAAGCCGGGUCUGUCCCAUCAGCAUUUGCAUGGCGUUAAUUUGUUGCGGGAUAUUGCGGAUGCCAAUGUCACUGGCAAUAAGCUGCUCUCCACCGAGUUGGAGUUCACACCGAGAUCACAUACUUAUGGCCAGUAUUCGGUGGACACACGCACCGCGGCCAGCAUAACACUCAUCUAUCAGAUGGUCAUGCCGGUGCUGGUAUUCGGUAACAUGCGCUCCAGCAUCGAUGUCAUUGGCGGCACAAAUGUCGCCUUUGCCCCCCAAGUGGAAUACAUGGAGCAAGUGCUGCAGCCGGCCUUAAAGCGUUUCGGUAUCAACUUUGAACUGAAGGUUUUACAUCAUGGCUUCUAUCCACGCGGCAACGGACGCUGUAGACUCGCUGUUAACCCAAUUCGUUCGCUGAACGCUGCACAGUUGACAGACUUUGGCCAGUUGCAGUCGGUGCAAGGAUGUGCCUUCUUUGCCGGACGUCUGCCCGUUUGCGUUGCCUCCGAUAUGCGACACUCGGCGGAACGUGAAAUUCAUCGUCUGUGGCCGGAUCGAGUGUGCAACAUACAGGUGUACAAGCAUACACCGGAGGAGGCGCGUGAUAAUGGUGCUGGCAUCAUACUAACGGCUCUGACCAACUCUGGCUGUGUGUUGGGCUCGGCAACCAUUGGCGACAAGAAUAUUGAUGGGCAUAUGAUUGGCUCGAAAGCCUCAUGGGAACUGGCCGGCUACAUUAAGAACGAGAUCUGUGUGGAUGCCCAUUUGCAGGAUCAGCUAAUCAUCUACAUGGCACUGGCCAAAGGCUGUUCACGCAUUCGAACCGGUGCCUUGACCAAACACACAAGAACCGCCAUCUACGUGGCCGAGUUAAUGACUGGCGUCAAGUUCAAUUUUGAAUAUGGCAAUUUUGGACAAACGCUCAUCAGCUGCGAGGGCAUUGGACACUUGAGUCCAUAUAUGGAUGAUAAUAUUUAACGAGAAUGGAUCAAUAAGUCUUAAAUUAUUUAUGUUAUAAAAAUAUGUUUACAUAUAUUUGUCAAAUAUAUGCGCCAAGAUCUAGAUCCGGCGAAAUAUAGCCAAAAAA